AGGAGCCUACAGUGCUGGCGGGCCAUGGACCAAUGCGCAGGUCAAGUACUGCUACGACCAGUAUCUAUCACUCAGUGCAAAAAUUGCUCUGGACUGUGCUAUGGGCAAGGUUCGUCAAGAACUCCCAGGCAUUGAGUUUAUCAACGUGGGCUACAAAGGUCCUGAUGCUUGCAACACUCAUCCAGCCAUCUACAUUCAGUCCAGCAACACGGGCUGUUGGGCAGACAUUGGCAUGAGCAUCGAGGACUUUACAGGGAAUCAGAAGCUGAACCUGGGGGUCCCGGGCUGCACCGAUUGCGGCACCGCUAUCCACGAGCUACUCCAUAGCAUGGGAAUGGCCCAUGAGCAAUCGAGACCAGACCGGGAUACCUUCGUGGAGAUUAAGUGGGACAAUAUCAUGAGCAGCAUGUACAGCCAAUUUGCCAAGGAUCCACAUGCUGACACCAGCGUGGACUAUGAUAUUAUGUCAAUCAUGCACGACGGAAGAUUUCAUUGGAGUAACAAUGGGAAAGAAACCAUUGUGGUGAAGGAGGCAGGGUACCGCCUUUACACCGAUGAUCCUGGACAACAUCACAGAUAUGCGAUCGGCCAACAUAUCAUGAUGACCCAGAACGAUGUUCGGCAACUGGCGAAAAUGUACAACUGCACGAGCAAUACGAUCUGUGGAACUGGACGGACAGACGUUCGAAACGUCAACAAUGGAGCGCCUAGCGCAUCAAUUAAGGCAUGCUCCGCCCAGCCACUUGUAGAAAAUCUUGCUAUGGUCGCGAAAAACCUUUAUUUCAAUGUGCUGUAAUAUGUAAACAUCAUAGCCUUUUUUGGAGGGGUAACACCCUGUACCUAUCCUAAUAGCUGUAACGACCGAUAAAAGGAUUUCUUUGUAAUUUGGGCAAGCUGUGUUUUGAGCGUUUACCUUCGCAUGAAAAAUCGCGCUUUCUGGCGCUUUCCUCUGCGGGAAGAUCGUGGUCUAGAUCGUGCUCUCUGGUGUUCUCCUUCGCGCAAAAAUUGUGCUUUUUGGUGCCCUCCUUCGUGCCAAGAAUCGUUUAUUUUUGGUGCUUUCCUUUGUGGAAAAAUGGUCUAGAUCGUGCUUUGUGGCGCUUUCCUCCGCGCAAAAGUCGUGCUUUUGGGUGCGGUCUAGACGGUGACCGCUUGUUACAGCUUUUAGGAUAAACUCAACUCGUACCCCACUGCCCUGGAUUUGGGGGGGUUAAGCCACCAACACGAAGAGAAUAGAGUCGGAGUCCUCAGCUUUGCACUCCUUCCAAUCGGAUUUGUUUUCAACAUCACGCGUCCCUGAUUUGGCAUUGUUGCGACGCAAUGUGUGGUGCGUGAGGGUUCCACGCCGGUCUAGGGGCUUUGACUUAAGAUGCAUCAGACCUGUGUUAUCCGUGGGUCAGGGCCAGACCGAUAUCUUUCACGGAUAUCAAAGCGUAAGCUACGUGACUGCUGCAGCUUUUUCCUUGGUCGCCUCUUCUCUGGCUUGUUGCUGCUUCUGCUCCUUCUCUAUCAGUCAGAGCAAGAAUGAAGACUCAAGGUCGUUGCUGCGAGAGCCUUAACCUUUGCCCCCGCCGUGUGCGUGGUUUUCAAAGAUGACCGGGUGAGGCAUUGUUGGAUUUUCCAUCCGCCAAGAGAUGUUUACGAAAAUGCACCUAGGUGCCCAUGAGAAUAGCGGCCUCAGUUUCACCCAGCGUUGCCCGGAAGAUCUCUGGCAGCAGAAUUUGCGUCGCCUGCCGGGGCAGUAAAA